AGCAGCUCACCUCUGGGAUCUUUGCCCAUUUAACUUUUACUGGGUUUAAGUAUGUUCCACUGUUAGACGACAUUAAGAAAUAAUUUAAGUGGAAAGGAUUCAAUUUGGGCAUUAGUUGAUUCCAGGGUGAUGGCCAGGUGGUCGGGUGGGUGACGGUAUAAGCUUCCACUAAUGUAAACUAACUUCUAGUUUAGACUAAUUUCUAAAUUCAUUUAUGCUCUGGGAUAAGGAGAGCUUGAAUUUAUGUCAUUUUUAUGAAUUCUAUUAUUGACCCCGUUUCUAGUUUCUUUCUCGACUCUGUACGGAGACGACGGACGGCGACGACAGGAUUCCUAACAAUAGUGACUAACACGUAUACACAUUCCUUGGCCGCGACAGAACAACAUGGAAAACGACAACCAGACACAACAGAAUGCAGACGUUGCCCCUCAUGUGUUGGAAGGGAGUUUUCGCGAAGCAGCUGCCUGUGGGGACAUGGAAAAACUGACCGAAAUCGUGGAGAGUGGUGUGGAUGUUAAUUCACAGAGCAGUCUUCAUGGGUGUACUGCUUUGCACUGGGCUACCAUUAGAAACCAUACAUCUGUUGUUGCUUUCCUUUUGACACAUGGUGCAGAUAAAAAUAUAAAAAAUUUCGAUGGUAACAUCCCUGCUGAAUUAACAUCAGACUCCACCAUACAUCAGUUACUGGGAGUCUCAGAUGCAGCUGCUUUGGAUAUAAAGGAACCCAACUUACCAAUUCAUCCCAAUUAUUUAGCUCAUCCUGUAUUUCCGCACACAACUCCUACGCAGUCCACACCUUCAAGUGCCCCUCAACAGCUGCCUCCAUCCAAAGGAAUAUAUUCAUAUAACACUGAGAAUGUCACAGAUGCCACUGCUGCUUUGGAUAUAAAAGAACAGAACGCACCGAUCCAUUCAAAUUACCAGGCACAUCGAGCAAUGCCACACGCAAACCCUACACAACCUGCUCACAGUGGUGUUCCACAGCAGCAGAUGGUACCAUCCAAAGGUUUAUUUGCCUUUAACCUUGAAAAUGAAAUCGUCCUCAGAGCAAGAGUUGCCAAUGUUGAAGAACAAGAUUACAUAGAAAUAGAGUUGGAUCGGUCUUCAUUGACAUUUGAUGCCCUCCUGAACUUGUUGUGUCAAGAACUGAACAUUGAUAAACGCCUUGUGUAUAAAAUACGUAAACUGCCCAAUACGAUCGUCCGCAAGGACAAAGAUGUGAAGCGUCUUGUGGAUUUCCAAGAAUUAGAACUUAUCCUUACUAACAAAGCCAUCAGUGCCACAUCUCGGACUUAUGGUGUUGGCACGAAACUCAAGUCUGAACAAAUUUUGUAUUAAAAAAUGUACUACAAGCUCAUGCACGAGCAUGCAUGCACAUGCUCACCCCCCUCUUUCUCUCUCUCUCUCUCUUUCACAUGCAUGUAAACUUUGAAAGGAAGGAGCUAAGCAUCUCUUAUCCUUAAUAUUAUAAUGAAAGUGGGGUGACUGGCGGAUUCUGUAGAGCAACAGACUAAAGCUCUUUAUGUUCUGAGUUCACUAACUACAAAUAUUGACUUUCCCUUUCAUCCAUCUGGGUGAAAUGAGGUCUUCAUUUGAUCAACUUUAAAUAAGUUGAUAAAAUGAAGUACUAGUCAAGUACUAGGGCCAGUUUGACUAAUACUUACUCUCCACUCCCCAAAAGAUGUUUGGCUUUGUGCCUGUAUGAGUAAUUAUUAUUAUUGAUGAGCUGGCAGGAUUGUUAACAUGUCAGACAAAAUGCUUAGCAGAAUCUCUUCUGGUUCUUUACAUCUUGAGGUCAAAUCCCACCAAGGUUGACUUAUUUUUCAUUCUUUUGGGGUUGAUAAAAUAAAUGCCAGUUGAACACAGCAGGGGUUGAUGUAUUUGACCAGUGCCCUCCUCCAAAAUUUCAGGCCUUGUGCCUAUAAUAGGAAGGAUUAUUAUUAGGUUGGUCUGGAUGGCAGAAUUGUUAGAGCAUCGGACAAAAUACUUUGAGGUGGUUGUUCUGGCUCUUUACUUUCUGUGUUCAAAUUUUGUUGAGGUCAACUUUUCCUUUCAGUCUUCUAGUCCUUGACUGAUACUUUAUUUUAUCAACCUUUCUAGGGUUGAUUAAUAUAAAGUAUUAAUAGUCAAGUACUGUGAUUGAUUUAAUCAACUCCUCCUCCCCCACAAAAUUUCUGGUCUUGUGCUUGUGUCUAUUUAAGAAAUCAUUAUCAGGUUGUCAGGUAGCAGAAUGCUGAAUAAAAUUAAUGUCUUGCAGUAUUUAGUUGUUCUCUUACUUUCCAAGUUCAAUUCUCGCCAGUGACAACUUCACAUUUCAUUCUUUUGGAGUUGAAUAAAAGAAACUUCAAAUAAGUAUCAGUCAAGCACUAAGGGCAGAUAAACCAAUUAUACACUUCUGUCCCCAACUAAAAAUAAUUGUGACAUUCUACCAAUGCAGAAGACCAUAAAUAAAUUAUUAUGAUUAUUAUAUUUAGAAAAGUUGCGACGGCUGUAUCAUUAAAGCAACAGCCUCAAUCAGUGCAUUACAGUAUUUAGUUUUGUCCCUCACAGUUCUGAGUUCAACUCCCAUUGAGGUCAACUUUGCCUUACAAUCCCUCUUGGGUCAAUAAAAUAAGUACCAGUAAUUGGCUGGAAUGAUUUAAUUUCAUUUUACUCUGCUCCUGUAAACAUAAUUAUGUUUACACGAGUGGUGGAUGGCAAAAUCAGUAGUUUUCAGCUGCAAAAUGCCUUGUGGUAUUUAGUUAUAUCUUUCUGAAUUCUAAGUUCAAAUCCUAACAGGAUCAACGUAGUCAUUUAUCAUUCUAGGAUUGAUGAAACAAUUACCUGUCAGGUACUGAUACAGUUUGAACCAAAUUUUCCCUCAACCUUUCAAAACAAUAAAAAAAAAAAGAUUUAAUUUAGGCCUAGUGCCUAAGAUUGAAACCAUAUUUACUAGGGCUGAUUUGUUAUUUUUAUUAAUGCACAAGUUUUGAGAGAGACCAAGUUUACAGAGCUAGUUUCUAUUUUUAGAUGGAACUGCUUCAUUUUCUUUACAUCACUAAUGCUUUUCAGAAAGGCAUAAACAUCAUAAAUUCACGUAAACUGAAGGCAUUGACCUUUUAAAUAUCUCAGGCUUCUACCCUAUCUAAGAAAUGCCAGAUAAUAAUAAUAAUAAUAAUAAUAAUAAUAAUAAUAAUUACACUUUUAUUUCUUUGCUGUCAAAAAGGCCUUGGGAGAAAAUGAUGGCUCCUUCAAAUUAUUACAUAAUAUAUUUUUUUCAAUC